AUGGUGUACUCAAAGCAGAUGAUCAUUCGUCAAAUACGAAGGAAACCCUUGCUUGCGAUUGGCCCAAUAGCGCUUUUGCUUGUCCUUUAUUUAUUCCUUUUCCGUGGAUCUGAUUCUUCUUCGUCGACUUCGGCCUCAUCCAAGAAAACCAAGUACAGCUACGAAAAGAAGGGUAGGGGCUGGUUCUCCAAGAACAAGGACUCUAUUAUCUUACAAGACUUACCCCAAAAUCACAUUUCUCAUUACGACUUGAAUGCAUUGACCACCAGUGCUAACGCGUUGGAGAACAAAGAACAAGUUUUGAUUUUGACCCCCAUGUCCAAGUUCUUGCCUCAAUAUUGGGAAAACUUGAACAAAUUAACCUACGAUCACUCCUUGAUUGAAUUGGGUUUCAUUAUCCCUCGUAGCACUGAGGGGGACCAAGUGCUUAAGCAAUUGGAAUCUGCCAUCAAGAAGCAAUUGAGUAGUUUGAAAGAAACCGAAAAGUGGAAGAAGAUCACUAUUUUGAGACAAGAUUCCGAUUCCUUGAAAUCUCAAUUGGAGAAAGACCGUCAUGCACUCUCUGUGCAAAAAGAAAGAAGAUCAAUGAUGGCUUUGGCCAGAAAUUCUUUGGUGUUCACUACCAUUUCCCCUUACACAUCUUGGUGUUUAUGGCUUGACGCUGACAUUGUAGAAUCCUCACCAACUUUAUUGCAAGACAUGAUUGCCCACGAUAAGGCAGUCCUCUCAGCCAAUGUAUACCAAAGGUGGACAGAUGAGAACAAUAAACCAGCAAUCAGACCCUAUGACUUUAAUAAUUGGGUAGAAAGUGACGAAGGGUUGAAAUUAGCAUCACAAUUGAAGGACGACGAAAUCGUCGUGGAAGGUUACGCUGAAAUGGCGACGUAUAGACCAUUGAUGGCACACUUCUAUGAUGCCAACGCUGACGCCAACACGGAAAUGGCAUUGGACGGUGUAGGAGGUGGUGCUCUUUUGGUUAAGGCGGAUGUUCACCGUGAUGGUGCUAUGUUCCCAUCAUUCCCAUUCUACCAUCUCAUAGAAACCGAGGGUUUCGCGAAGAUGGCAAAGAGAUUGGGAUACGAGGUGUUUGGAUUGCCUAACUACUUGGUUUAUCACUACAACGAGUAA